AUGAGUAACGAUACUGGUUAUAAUCCAUACAACGAUCCAAAUGCUCCUUACGAAGAUUAUCCCGAGAAUACAAGUUUUGAUGAUGAUGUUAAACGUCAACAAUUAGAUACAAUUUUGCAUAAAUUGAAUUUGUACCUGAGUGUUGUCAGUAUUUCAUCUGGAUUCUUGGUAUUAUUGAUAAUGACUAUUAUGUGGUUUUAUGAUAGAAAAUUAGUUAAUCGCGUGUCACUAAGAUUGACUGCGAUGAUUUCCUUUGUGGAUAUAUUGACCGGUGGAGCCGUGUUGGCAUAUACACUUCGGAUACCUCUCGAUGACCCAAUAUGUACAGCUAUUGGAUUUGCGAUGAGUUUUCUUCCUCUAUUAUAUUUGCUUCUAACUGUUAUGAUAGCAUUUAAUUUACAGAUUGUAUUUCUUCAUAGAAAAAAAGUUUCGAGUUUUUCGGACAGAUGGUAUAUCCCAGUAGCAGUUCUGCUUGCAUCAAUAAUAAACGUACCGCCACUAAUCUAUAAAGUUUUUGGAUAUGAUACUGAUGCUCGCGAAUGUUUAUAUCGGAAUAGCUUUUCCGAAGAAACAAAAUGGUGGAAAUUUGCAACUUUUUUCGUUCCAAUAACAAUCUCGAUGGUUUAUUGCACUGUUGUGUUGAUGGUUGUGGUGUGUAAAUUAAUCUUUGAACAUCGAAAACUGGCAGAAGUUAUAACUACUUCAAAAAGUAAUACAACAUUGACAGCAAAAGCUAGAGAUAAAAAAAUAUUAUUAUUAAAAUUAGUUAGUCGUAUUGCUCUUUAUUCCAUAAUACCUCUAUUGAGCGUAAGCGGCAUUGUGGUGCUUACUAUGUAUAGUUCAAUUAACAAGGAUCUUAAAAGCGAACCUCUGCCUUUGAUCUUAUGGUCAAUUAUUGGAUCAUGCUUACCUGGAUUUUUUAAUUGUAUUGCAUUUUUAUUUGAUCCAGCUUUACAUAAUGCUUUUAGAAAGUGUAAAAAAGAUUUGGUGGAUAGUUAUGGAGUUGUAAGACCGCUUCUCAGCAACGGUGGUAUUGAUUCUAGUAAGACAGGCUUUUCUCUCAACACUCCACCGAUGUCACCUGGCUAUAAAUUUUCAUCAAAUACUCCAACAGAUACAACGGCAUCUUUUAGCAGUAGUAACAGUAGCAUCAGUAAUAGCAAUAAAAAUUUUAAUUCCAAGUAUAAUAGUACAAUAUACCCUCAAUCAACCAACACCACUUCUCCAACAUUAACCCAAAAUUCGUUUGCUCUUGGUUAUAUGACAAAUUCACAACUUAGCCAACAACAAAAAUCAUCAAUGUUGAACAAGAAUAAAGCUAUGAAAUGGUUUGUGCGCACUUUCCUCCUUGAUAAGAAACAGAAAUCUCAAUUGGAACAACAAAAAUCGCAACGGAAACAGCAAAAAGAAAUAUCGAAAUUACAUGAAUUACAGCAAAAAUAUUGUUAUAAUCCUUCAACGAUUACCAUAUUAAAUCCUCCAGCUAACAACGACACAAAUAAUAUACUAAACAAUGUGGGUUUGAAUUUGAAUGUUAAUGACCCAUCAUAUCUUGCAUCAUUAAUGUCUUUACCACAAACUACUGUUAAUAUUCAUGUACAUCAAUAUUAUAAACAUAGAAGAAGUUCUUCAAUGGAUUCUUUAGAUUCUGUUAAUGAAAUGUCUGCAUAUUAA